AUGCGGGUCCUCAGCUUCGGAACCGACGACGGCGCUGACGCGGACGGCAAUGUCGACAUGGACCCUUCGUCUUCGGCGCGGCUGGCCGUCGCUGCCGACGACCACGUCACGGCGCAGCUUCGAGAGCUGGCGGCCUCGAGCCCCGGCAGGACCCUGCUCCCGGUGCCGCUGGCGCGGGCCGUCAGCUUCGCCACGCGGUCGACGAGCCUUGCCCUGCGCAUGGGCACACUGAUCAGCGGGUACGGGUUCGACGCGGCCAAGGUGACGACGCUGUCGAGCCUCGAGCUGGGGCGGGCCAUCCUCGAGAGCAUCCUGGGGCGGGCAGGCCGCGACGUGAUCGGGCGGUCGGGCUCGCUGCUGGCCAGGGCCGAGGCCGAGACGGUGCUGGAGAAGAGCCUCGAGAACCUGCACCGCACCAUGACGCAGAUUGUCUUCUGGACCACGACGGGCUUCCACGUCACGGGCACCACGCUGGCCGUCAUCACCGAGACGUCGCAGCUGCUGCUUUCGGCCCUCGACCAGUUCUUUGGCUCGACCGACUCGUCGCGUGCCAUGGCCAGCAUCAUCACCCUGAUCCGCCGCGAGUUCCAGAACCCGGCCACGGGCGUGAAGGGCGAAAAGGUCGGCGUGCUCGACCUGAUGCUGGGCCUGUGCGGCAUGGCCUACCUGCAGCGCUGGUGCCGCCGCUCGCUCGAGGACGAGAACCGCACGCUGCAUGUCGAGGAGACGGUGUGGGACGUCGUCGUCUUUAGCGACGGCGUGCGCGUCGACCUGCACGAGGAGAGCCUGUACGGCGUCCACAACGGCGCCUACGGCUCGGGCAGGCCGCCGACGGGUAGCGGGCCCAACGGGAGGAUCCUCGAGACCAUCGAGAGCCACGGGGCCCAGGACAGCGACGGCGACGGCGACGGCGAGAGCCUGCCCGAGAUCCGCCUCAAGCGCCAGAUCAUGAAGUCGCUGCCCGACAACGCCAAAGUGUCCAUCACGACGCAGAUCAACACCAUCAAGACCAUCACGGUCGACAUAACCGGCCGCGUCGACGACCUCCCUGUGUCGCCACCGCCCCCUGGAGUCGAGCUGAUCGAAGAGCGGCGGGAUUCCCGGCAGGUCGCGUCGCAGGCCCAGCUCCAGCAGGGCAACAAAGGCGCACACUCGGCCGAGAACAGCAUCCCCCCUACGUACCGCGUCGUGUACCGGCUCCACCGGAACAAGGAGAGGAGGACAUCCUUCCAGAAGGAGGACGGAGACAUAAGCCAGGUCGCCGGCUAUGUCGAGGCAGUCGACGACGAUGACGACGACGAGUCCGAGUCCGACGACGGGUCGGCAACCGAGGUUGACGAGUCGCCGUCUCUAGUGCGGCCCAAGAUUCCCAGGCCACUGCUGCUAGACAGUCCAUCGAACUCUCCCUUCCGCCGGCCUAGCUCGUCUGCAUCGGCCACUUCGGGCUCGUCGUCGCCGUCCACGGCCAGGCCGUCUCGCAUUCCCCCUGUCGAAGAAGUCAAGACGGAUCAGGGCGCCGAGCAGGCUGCCAACCAGAAAAGGCCCCGAAUGCCCCCAACCAGCCCCUCGGCCUUAGCCCACCCGCCGCCAAGUGCGGCACCGCGUAGAAACACGCUCAACAGGUUCCUGUCCUCCAAGAACAAGGAUGACGGUGCGCCAGCGGCGAAGUCGUCAUCAGAAGGUAAAGGAGGGUUCCGCAACGCUUUCCGCAGAUCGGCAACCAUGUUUUCCAAAGACGACUCGGGCUCGGAGACUGCCUUUGACAAGAAGAAGGGAGGCAAGAUUGCACCCAAGACAGCAAAAAAUAGGCCGGCGCACUCGACUCCGGCUCCCCUGUCGCACCUGGCUGUCGUGGCGCCCGCGAGACAGUCGUCCCUGAUACCGAGGAGAGGGGCGCCGCAGGCCGUGAGCCGGGCAGGACGGGGGCAGGGCUGGCGGUCGGGGCCAGCGGCGAAGGAGAUGGAGGAGCCUUACGUGCGCAGCGACUCGCGGGCGAGCUACAUCUCGGUGCACGAGAGCCGGCGCGACUCGAGCAUCUCGCAGACCGAGACGUACUCGAUCACGACGGCCGACGACUACCAUCCCGUGUCGCCGUCGUCGGGAGAGAAGGCUGCUGCUGCCUCUGCCGGCUCGGCGGCCAAGGCGCUGUCGGAGCGCGACGUGUCGGGGGCCUUCGGCAUGGGCGGGCGCAACCCGCGGCGGGUCAAGUCGCAGAUGUACUCGCCCAGCAUCUACACGCUGUCGAUGAACGAGUCGCAGUCGUCGCUGGUGCCGUACGGCUACUACCAGCAGAAGAGCGCCUUCAGCGACACGGAGGCGCUGGGGACGCUGCGGCGGGCGGGGCGGCUCGACGGCAUGUUCCCGCGCUACCACCUGCUGCGCAACAUCACGCGCUACAUGCGCUUCGCGUCGGCGUCGUAUGGGUCCAACUUCCUCAAGGUGCUGGGCAUCGCCAAGGAGAUGCCCAUCCUGCGCACGCUCGACGACCUGCACCACGAGCUGCGGUCGUUUGCCCACCACACCGAGUCGGACGCCAGCAGCAUCCUGCUGUCGUCGUUUGUCGACCCCCAGGGCGGCUCCGACGGCACGGGGUCGACCAACACGGGCGUGCCGCUGGUGCACUACAUCUCGCUCGACCACGAGUCCAAGGCCGUGGUACUGGCCUGCCGCGGCACCCUGGGCUUCGAGGACGUGCUGGCCGACAUGACGUGCGACUACGACGACCUCAUCUGGCGCGGCAAGGUCUACAAGGUCCACAAGGGCAUCCACGCCUCGGCCCAGCGCCUGCUGUACGGCGGCGACGGCCGCGUCCUGCACACGCUCAAGAAGGCCCUCGACGACUUCCCCGACUAUGGCCUCGUGCUGACGGGCCACUCGCUGGGCGGCGCCGUCACCGCCCUGCUGGGCGUCAUGCUGUCCGAGCCCGAGCCCUCGGCCCACGGCACCGCCUUCGUCACCUCGUCCGAGCCCCACACGCGCCUACUCGCCGACGCCGCCACCCACCACCCGUCAUCGCUGCACCACAACCUGCACUACACCACCUCGUCGUCGCCCCCGCGCCACGUGUGCCUGCCCUCGGGCCGCCCCGUUCACGUUUUUGCCUACGGGCCGCCGUCGACCAUGUCGGCCUCGUUGUGCACCGCCACGCGCGGCCUCAUCACGAGCAUCGUGCACGGCAACGACCUCGUCCCCUACCUCUCGCUCGGCGUGCUGCACGACUUCCAGGCCGUCGCCCUGGCCUUCAAGACAGACAACAACGAGGCCAAGGUCGAGGUGCGCCAGCGCAUCUGGGAGGCCUUGCAGUCGGGCCUGGCCGACAAGUGGUACGGCGGCCCCCCCGCGUCGUCGCGCAGGCGCAAGCGCGAGGACGACGACCAGUGGGCAUACGCGGCGCUCAAGGUGCUACGCGCCAGCAUGAUGAGCCAGAAGCUGCUGCCGCCGGGCGAGGUGUUUGUGGUAGAGAGCACGCGCGUGCGGCGGCGCGACGCGUUCCUGCUCGAGGGCGAGGACGCCGACGAGCCCGGCCACUUUGGCCGCCCCGCCCAGCGCGUCGUGCUCAAGUACGUGCGCGACGUCGAGAAGCGCUUCCGCGAGGUCCGCUUCGGCACCAGCAUGCUCACCGACCACAGCCCCGGCAAGUACGAGGACGCGCUGAACAAGCUCAAGGCGGGCGUCAUGGACUCGUGA